CCAGUCCAGUAAAAUGAGUUUCCAGGCUUGGCUCCCCCUGCCGUUGCCAAAGCAACUGGUGGUGUUCGGACUGGGAGACUGGAGCUGCUACUCCCCAGACACGAGCAUCGCAGUGGACAUGCUGGUGUCCCCUGGCAUUGCACCACAGCGGGUCGGCACGUUGGAGCCCACCCGAAGGUCUCUGGUGUGGGAAGAUGACUGGAGAACGGAUGUUUUCAUGGCCUCAUUGAAAGAAAUGGGCAAAGGCAACCCUGUGAGGCUUGUCCUGACGGUCAAUGGGCAGGUUAAGAGCUCAGAUGUGGCUACCAGAGCAUUCAGGCCUGGGAGGAAGGACAUCCACUCACCACUGAGGACCCUAGUGGUACCCUGUGCCCUGAAGCCACCAUCUGGCAAGGUGGAAUCCAGUGAGGUCUGGAGGAAGAGUCCUGUCCAAGGACCACUAAGAGUCCAUUCCAAGAAGCCCAGGAAGGUUUUAUUUGAACCCACAGCAUCCGAGAGGGAUCUCGAUGAAGAAGAUCUGGCGGUGAAGGAGUUGCAAGGCAGUCCCAGCCCUCGGUGGUGCCAUGCCAUGUGCCUCAGUGACCUGGGGACAGCUGUUCUGAUCGGAGGAGAAGGUGUUGACCAGCAGUCCUGCAAGGAUGUGUUUUGGAAGCUGGAAACUGACAAUGAUUUAUGGCUUCCAGUGGAUUUCCAGCUACAAAAGACCAUGCCAUCAUGCUUGCAUGGUCACACAGCUACCUACGACCCUGACACCAAACGUAUCUAUAUCCUUGGGGGCAUAAGGGUGGACAAAGACUACAGCAGCAUUUACAUUCUGGACACAGUCACCUGGAAAUGGCUCCUCGUGGCUUCUAAAGGGAAGAUUCCAUUGCUCACCUACCACAGUGCAACGAUCUACCGCAAAGAGCUCUUUGUUUUCGGAGGAACUUUCCCCAAAAAGGCAUCACUAGACGUUGGACCGUGCAGCAAUGUGCUCUAUGUCUUCAAUCCAGAGCAUGAAAUUUGGUAUCAGCCCGUCUCAGAAGGGGAGAAGCCUCUGCCUAGGCUUGGGCAUUCUGCUACUCUACUGAAAAACAAGCUGCUGUUUUUUGGGGGUCGGACGACUUCUCUCUACCUCAGUGACAUGCAUAUUCUGGAUCUGGGUUUCAUGGAGUACACACCAGUCCCCUUCCUCGCAGGACAGCCUUCUGCACGUUGUUUUCAUGCGGCUCUGGCUGUGUCAGACCAGAAAGUUCUGAUCAGUGGAGGCUGCAAUGCCAAGGGAGCCCUGCAUGAUGCUUUUGUCUUCCACCUAGAUACUCUUUCAUGGAGCACGGUGAUCCACCACGACCUCUGCUCUGUGCCCCGAGCUGGCCACACAUUGCUUGACCUGACUCCUGCCUACCUGAUGGAUGUGGACAAGGAGAACAAAGAGGAGCAUAACCUGCAUACAGUGUUGUUGUUUGGGGGCUCCAACUGUGCUGGGACCUUUUACAACAGCACAGUCAAGAUCCAGCUGGACCUGGGAUAA